AUGGAAUCAGUCACGUCCGCCGAUGCCGACAUCGACCCAGUCCCGCAACACGACACGACCCCCGCUCUCGACGCGUCCGACGCCGCACACAAUGGAGCUCCUGUUGAAGAGGACACUGCAUCUGCAAUAAAAGAGGAGGAGCAGGCUGCAGUCGAGACCGGAGAAGAUGGUGGCGCCACCCAGCGCGCAUUAAAGCGACGGAAGCUCGAGGACGGCACGCCCAGUCGCUCAGUGUCGCGUGCCGUGUCGCCGCCCUGGAAGCCCUUUGCAGUCGAUGGCCCCACGACGGUAUUCGAGAAUGGCGUCCGCAAGUCGUCGCGCGUCAACAGGGAGGCCGCGCCACCGACACCAGAGCCCGUAAAGCGAGGCUCGCGCCAGACGACCAAGGCAACACAGACGCAUGGCACAGCAAAGAAUGGCGCGCGGCAGGGGUCGCGCACCGUAUCCGGGCCAGUCUCGUCUGCCAAGGGCAAGACAGCGCCAGCGUCGACCAAGAAGACUGCUGCGGCCCCAAUGAACCCGCCCGCGCGCAAGUCUGAACGCCAGAGGAGGUCUUCUGCGUUUGUACAGCCACCCUCGCCGACGACACCCGCCCUGCAAAAUGGAUCACCUGACAGUAUGCGAAAGCGGUCAGGUCGCCCACGAAGGGGGACCCAGACGGAGACAGACGAUGCGGGGGAUGCUUGGUCAACGCCUGCCACGAACGGCCACGACCCCUACGCCGGUCUAUAUGCGUCGCCCGACGACCCCUCGAUGCCCGCCCCUCGCCUCCGUCUGCGCUUCCGCAAGCCUGAACUCCUAUCCCGCCACCCCAGACACGCCCCACCGCAGCCGAAAUACGCUUCUCUGGCCGAAUGGCUGGGACAUGAUGACCCAUUGGAGGGCGAAGACGCACAGCGCAUUGACGACGAGAAAGCGAGGAAGGAGGCCGCGCGGAGGUUGCAGAUCGUCCAUGCCGCCGAGCAUGGCGUCUUGAGUGAGACAACAUGCAGCGUCUUCGCCCCCGAGCCUGCCCAGGAACCGCCUCCUCAAUAUGCGCAUUGGGACCACGUCGUGGCGCACGCCUUGCACUUUAGGAAGCUGCUCAAGGAGGAGAAAGACUAUCAUCGAAAAACGGCGAAGACCCUGGCUAGAGAAGCAUACGACUUUUGGAAGAACAAGUUCAAGCGGAAGAGCGAAGAAGAGAUCGAACAAGAAGAAAGGGAUAGGCAGCUCCUUCGGUACAAGCAGCUAGUCAUCAGACGUCAAGGAAGGAGCUUGGGCACAAGGUCAUGGAUGACAUGUUCAAUCCAGGCGCAGGAGAUUCUAGGCCGAAAUGCUGCAGAUAAUGCGUCGUCUCUUGUCAGUGAUGACCGCGACUUCGAAGAGGACUUUGGAAGUGGAGCCUCAGACGCUUCUGGUGACGCCAAUCCUGACGAUGUCAUGUCCUCCAGCUCUGAUAGCGAAGACGGCGAGGCUCAAGACGAAGACGCCAAUCUCACGGCCGAACAGCUCCGCGCCAAAUACGAGCAGCUGCCCGAAUUACCGGAGAGCAGUUCUGAAGUUGACGCAGAGUCCGGGGAGGAAGAAGAAGGCACAGACACUGAUUCGGAAGAGGGCACUCCAGAGCCAACACCUGACCCCAACCUCGAAUCUGAAGACACAACCGAUCUACCCGAGAACCCCUUCAUCCACACCACGAACGGCUUCCAUGAGGACGAGGACGCAACGGAAAAGAGGCCAGAUAGCUUCGAUCUUGCCAAUGUCGAACUCGAACAAGUCGACGAAGCUCUCCUAGAUUCAGAUGAAGAUAGCAAAGCUUCAGAAUCAGGCAGCGAGGCGUGGUCGAGCGAUGAAGACUCUGAUGCAGAUGGCAAUGAGAAUGAAGACGAAGACGAGGACGAGAUGGAAGUAGAAUCCGAUGACGACGAGGAAGGCGAUGGAGACGCUGGCAUGAUGGGUUUCUUGGCUCCCAGCGAUAUCAAGAAGCUGAAGGAAGCGGCUAAGAAGCGAAUUGAAGAAGAUCAAAUGACAUCAGAUACACCAGCGCCGGAGGCGGCCUCAACAAAUGGACACGCUGUAACGUCUACCGAGGAAAACGUUACCAAACCGUACACGAACGGCCACCACAAGACAGUCGAACAGAAUGGUGUACAUACCAACGGAGAUGCAGCGGCGGCUGCCCCAUCUGUGGAGGAUGCUGAGCAAGUUCCCAUGGAAGAUGUGGUGCAAGACACAAUCGUCUCUCAACCCAGAUCACGUCGUCCAUCAUCUCCACCGCGCAGAGAGAUACCACCGCUUCUUCGUGGCACCCUUCGAGAGUACCAGCAUGAUGGACUUGAUUGGCUAGCGAAUAUGUACGACUCUGAGACCAACGGUAUCUUGGCUGACGAGAUGGGUCUUGGCAAGACCAUCCAGACCAUAUCUUUGCUCGCCUACAUUGCCGUGUACCGUGGCGUUUGGGGACCUCAUCUUGUUGUCGUGCCCACCAGCGUCAUGCUCAAUUGGGAGAUGGAAUUCCGGAAGUUUUUGCCAGGCUUCAAGAUCCUUACCUACUAUGGCGACAUCAAUGAGCGAAAGCGCAAGCGAAUGGGUUGGCGCAAUACGGGCAAGGAUAUGUACAACGUUGUGAUCACCUCAUACCAGCUCAUCCUUCAAGAUGCAGCAGCUUUCAAGAUGCGACCCUGGCAUUAUCUCGUCCUAGAUGAAGCACACAACAUCAAAAACUUCAAAUCUCAGCGAUGGCAGACAAUGUUGACGCUUCGCACACAGCGACGGCUGUUGCUCACCGGUACACCCCUGCAAAACAACAUUGACGAGCUGUGGUCUUUGCUAUACUUCCUCAUGCCUGCUGGCUUUGCGGGAGAAGGUCGUAUAGCCAAUCUCGAGCAGUUCACGCUGGCCCUGAAGGAUCCCACAAAGCAGAUCCUUGACCAAGGUCGGCAAAAGCUCGAUGCUGAGGCACAGAAGGUGGUUUCGCGACUACAUGAAGUUCUCAGACCGUAUUUGCUCCGAAGAUUAAAGGCCGAAGUCGAAAAGCAGAUGCCUGGAAAGUAUGAGCAUGUCGUUUACUGUAAGCUCUCAAAGCGCCAACGCCAACUUUACGAUGGGUUCAUGGGUCGAGCAUCCACCAAGGAAAUCCUCUCUUCCGGUAAUUACAUGUCCAUCAUCAACUGCUUGAUGUCGCUUCGUAAGGUCUGCAACCACCCUGAUCUUUUUGAGACGCGAGCGAUUGUCACGUCGAUGGCUAUGCCUCGAUCCGUUGUUGCGCAGUACGAGAUCAAGAACCUCCUCAUUAGCAAGCGCCUACAUGAGCGCAAGGACGAUGACAAGGUGAAUCUGGACGCGCUCAACCUCGUGUUUGCUCGGCAAAAGGUCAGAAUCAAGGACUACCGUGGCGAGCUCGGGUUCCGAGCCCCUCGCUCUAUUGCUGCGUCGCUAGAGUGGAACAACGAGCAGGUGAUCUCCUUUUUCGACAUGGUACCGACCCUUGAGCAGCGUGCUGAGGCCUUUGAACCCUUAAUCACUCGGUUCACGUGUGUAACGCCCGCAGUGGUGGCGGAAGAGAUUGCUCCAUUGGCGCUCUCGCAGCAGGGCGUGGCCAUGAUCAGACAGUCAGACUUGGCUCAUAAGCCGGAUCCUUUCCAUGAGUCGCGUAUAAGACAGUCUAUCGCUUUCCCUGACAAACGCCUUUUACAAUACGACUGUGGCAAGUUACAACGGCUUGCGACAUUGCUACGUGAUCUCCAAGCCGGAGGACACCGUGCCCUCAUUUUCACCCAGAUGACGAAAGUUCUCGAUGUUCUCGAACAGUUUUUGAACAUCCACGGCCAUCGCUACUUGCGCCUUGAUGGAUCAACCAAGGUCGAACAGAGGCAAAUUCUCACCGAUCGCUUCAAUAGUGACGAUCGGAUUCUGUGUUUCAUUCUUUCCUCGCGCUCUGGUGGCUUGGGUAUCAACCUUACAGGUGCCGACACUGUCAUUUUCUACGAUCUCGAUUGGAACCCUGCCAUGGACAAGCAAUGUCAAGAUCGUGCUCAUCGUAUCGGACAGACUCGAGAUGUACACAUCUACAAGUUCGUCAGCGAGUACACAAUCGAGGCCAACAUCUUGCGCAAGUCAAACCAGAAGCGACUCCUGGACGAUGUGAUCAUCCAGAAGGGUGACUUCACAACCGACACAUUCAAUAAAGUCUCCUGGCGCGACGCGCUCGACGACGGUGUAGGUAUCGACACAAGCGACGAAGCCGGCGCCGCCAUGGAACGGGUUCUAGGCGAAAGAGCUGGCAUCCUCGGCGAUGCGCGCGUCAUGAACACGGUCGAAGACACCGAAGACCUGCACGCCGCCUCCCUCGCGCAAAAGGAAAUCGUGGAUGAAAUCCACGACGACCAAGUCGACUUCAACGAAUCCUCCAACGCCACGCGCGCUACAUCCGCUACCGCCGUCUCCCAAGACGAACUCCUCGACGCAGACGGCAACGAAAUAGCACGCCGCCAUGUUGAUGAGUAUAUGCUGGGCUUGUAUAGGGAGGAGUAUGGCAAGGAGCCGUAUAAGCCGCCGACGGAUCGCCAGAAGAGGAAUCGGAAGGGCCAGGAUCCGCAUGUGAGGCAGAGGAAGAAGAAGUAUUAG